CUGAAAGAGAAGGGAAAUUUUGAGAGAGUCUCUCUCCUGGGAUUUUCUCCCCAGUUCUUUCCCGUCGCUGAAAAUCUGCGUAGGUAUGCUUCAUCGAUUCGGUUUUUGCGAUGUAUAUGUGUUACGCGGACUACAGGUGUGCCGGUUCUGGAUUUGAGACUGAAACCUUGGUUUUCGGUCAAGAACUCUAGGUUUGAGGAGAGUUAUCCCGAUUUUACUGUUCAUGUGCGUCUGUUAGUGUUGAUUCUUAGCGUUUUUGGGAACGAAUUUUCUGUCUGAAACCUGUUUGGGAAUCGAUUUACCUGAACGAAGCUCCUUCAUCUCUUCGAAGGGUAUUGUUUUGGGUCGGUUUGUUUGGAGAUUUUCUGUUCGCACCAUUUGGAAUCAUAGCUGGGACGAAAUUUUCUGCGAUGAAGGCCUUUUUCUCGCGACGAACCCCUGUUUAGUUUCUGGAUUUGGUUUGUUGGGGCUCGUUUCCUGUUUUGUGCAGAAUCCCUUGGAGUUCUGUCUCUGUAACGAUGGUGAGAAACAAAAACAGUGUGGCUGGGAGUAUUACCAGGUCCUCCCCCAGGUUUGCUGUACUUGAUAGUGCUGAUGAAUUUCCGGAUUUGACUUCUGUAAACACACCUGGGGUACCCAGACCUGCGGCUACUCACUCUAUUGGCACUACGGUUGGAGCCGAUAAAUCUGCUGCAGUUCUGGUUGCAGCUAACGCAGGGACUGCAGGGAAUUCUGCUGCUAUUCCGUCUGGGUUACCUGCUGUAAAAAGUGCUGGGGCUUUAAAGAUUACUCUUGCGCAAUCUGUGCUUACUGCCCCUGCGCAAUCUGUGCUUACUCCUGCGCAAUCUGUGCUUACUCCUGCGCAAUCAAUACUUGAUACUUUGAAACCUGCGCCUGAAGACAAGUUUUAGAAAUCGGUAAGAGCUUUCCAACGAGAUAUUAAACGCUUUCAACGGCACAAAAUAGAGCAAGAUGUGAUGGCCUCAAAUUCUACACGAGUUCGGAGUGAAAUCAGAAACAUUUGUGAAUAUAUGGUUAAUCUGUAACUUUUAAUUAAUGCAUUGUAAAUGAUGUUGGAACAAUAGCUUUAGAGAUCCGAUCUAUCUUUCCAACGAGAUAUAAUACGCCCAAAACGAAUAAA